CAGUUUUAUACUUCCGGUUAGAUUUGCAUGUUCUUGAGGGAGCGCUUCAGAGGGUGGAGCCAUGAGCUGGAUCUGUAUCGCGGUCAAGGGAUACCGUCUGUCGUCUUCCUUUGUGUUAACAUCAAGAUGGACAAGAAUAAGACCUACUUGGAAAUUGGAAUACAGCACAAAGUCUGAGAAACCUGAGCAACCUAUUGGACGAUAUCCUGUCCCAUAUAAAAAGGAUCUGCCAUAUGACAUUGUUGAACUGAUGGAGGAGGUAGAAACUAAGAGUGGUUUUUUGCCAAACAUAUUCAAGGUGCUUUCCUAUCGACCUAUAGAAUUCAGGGUGUUCUUUGCAUACUACAAUGCCCUAAUGAACAAAGAAACAGGUAAUCUCAGCAAAGCGGAUAGAGAGCUGAUUAUUGUGGCCACAAGUGCUAAUAAUCACUGUCCCUACUGUGUUAUUGCACAUAGUGCCCUACAUCGGAUAUAUUCCAAAAAUCCAAUUCUAGCAGAUCAGGUGGUUGUGAACAGGCACCUGGCUGACCUGGAUGAUCGGCAACAUGCCAUGUUGGAUUUUGCUCUUGCUGUGAGCAAUGCAGAAAACAUCAGUGAAGAUCACCUUAAAAAACUGGAGAUGCAUGGAUUUGAUUGUGAGGAUGCUUGGGACAUUGCCGCAAUAACUGCGUUUUUCGCAAUGUCCAACCGUCUAGCUCACCUUAUUGAUUUGCAUCCGAAUGAAGAAUUUUAUACACUGGGAAGAUUGCCCAGGGAGAAGGAUAAGAGUGAAGGUUAAGAUUAUCUGAUGUCUAGUUCUGUUUCAGCCUGCUGUUUAUUUUGAAAGUAGCUUACUUUUAUUUAAGUUUGAAGUAAAAGCUCUGGAACCCAGAGCUAGUAGUUUACGAAAUGCAAAAUACAACUAGAAUUCGAGAUAAGUUAAUGAUUUCUAUAUAAAGUUGAAACUGAGAAUUCUUGCACAGCUAUUAAAGUCAGGAAAUAACAAAUGAAGUGAAUUGAACAUCUAUCCAACUGUUACAAAAUUGCAUGCCGAAUAAUUUUGUACUAUUUAAUAUUUUUAUUCGUUUACAGGAUGAGGGUGUUGCUGGCAAGGCCAGCAUUUCUUGCCCAGAGGGCAGUUAAUAGUUAACCACACUAUUGUGGGUCUGGAGUCGCAUGUAGGCCAGACAAG